AUGAAGUUUGACUUGAUUUUGACGGCCGCAAUUGGAAUCCUCCUGAUCCUAGACGCGGCACGCGCGAGGCAUCAUGAGAUAUAUCUACAAAUAAAUCCGGAUUGCGAAUGUGGAGUAUCAGGAGGGAUAUCGAAUCGUAUUGUCGGCGGAAAAAUAACUAUUCCGCACAUAUUUCCUUGGGUCAUUGCGUUAUUUAAUAAAGGAAACCUUCAUUGCGGAGGCACAUUGAUCAAUAGUCAAUAUGUACUAACGGCGGGACAUUGUGUUAAAUGGACAAAUCACGCCGAUAUUUCAGUCGGCUUGGGGAUGCAUGACAUCGAAAAUAAAAACGAGGGAUAUGUAGCUUCUAUAGACAAAAUAAUCUUGCACAAAGAUUUUGAAAGUGAUUACCUUCAUGACACAAACGACAUUGCCUUGAUUCGAUUAAAGGAUCCAGUUACAUUCGAUGAAAAUGUGAGACCUGCAUGCUUGCCGCAUAAAGGCACUGAUUAUACGGAGCACAAUGUCAAAGUCACUGGAUGGGGACGUGUCACCACCUCAGGAGGUGCCUCAAAAUUUCUGCGUCAAGCUACCCUAAAAGUGAUGUCUUGGGCAGCAUGUAGGAAUACUUCAUUCGGAGAUCAUCUUACAGAAUCGAUGCUGUGUGCUUACAGGGAUGACAUUGAUGCAUGUCAGGGUGACAGCGGCGGACCUCUUCUAUAUGAAAGGACGGAUGGAAAGUAUGAAGUAAUUGGUAUAGUCUCUUGGGGCAUCGGCUGUGCCAAUCGUGGCAUCCCAGGUGUAUACGUGAAGAACACGGAUUACUUGAACUGGAUAAAGUAUCAUACCAAGGAUGGUAUUUAUUGCGCAGGCAGAUAAGUUUAAUACAGCUUGAUAUAGCAAACAUG